AAGUGAUGCUAUAAUAAAGUAUCAAAAAUAGUGUUCUUGAGUGGGAAAUGUGAGAAUAUUAUUACUAUAUACAAUUUUAGAUUGACGAGCUAUUACUGUGGUUUAAGUUUCAUUGAUGGAUUGGUGCAACCGUCGAUUUCAGAAAUAACAUGCCAUUUUGAUCUAUUCAUCACUAUAACUUGCAAGUCGCAUCACCCAAAAAAUGUCUUAAAUCCUUCUUCAAGAAAACACUAUCCAAGAUGCAAAUAAGUGAUCAAAACUGCAGCAUGUGUAGAACACCAAAUAAAACACGUAAAAUACAGUGUACCGGGAAAGUUUUAGCCUCAAGUUUGAUGAUGCUAAUGAUGUUUUGUCGUUCGAGUUCUAAUUUUGCGCAGGACAAGAAAGUGUGCCAACAACAAUUAGUUAACCUAUCUUCAUGUCUCAAUUUUGUCACUGGAGAUGCCAAAGCUCCUUCCCCAGCUUGCUGCACCGAGCUGCACCAAGACAUCGACAAAUCCAAAUUCUGUCUCUGCGUCCUUGUUAGAGACAGGAUCGAGCCCAGCCUUGGGUUCAAGCUCAAUGCCACUCGAGCUUUGAGCCUUAAUCCUCUUUGUAAAACCAACUCAAACGCUACAAUUUGUCCCGAACUCUUGCACCUAUCCCUGAACUCGCCCGAGGCUCAGAUAUUUGAGCAAUUUGGCAAUAGUACACAUGCUGGAGGUAGCUUACUUUACUUGUCUUCUUUACCAUAUUUAAUUUUUUGUGUUUCUCUCUCACUUGCCAGUUUCAAUGGAUUGCAGAUACAUUGCCUAGUUCAGCCACUAAGUUGAGUGUCAAACUAAUCAGACAA